GAAAUCACACCCAGAAUUUGUAAAUUUUUUCUUUGUAAUUCUUGGGAGUUGUUCAAAAUUUUCCGUUGAAAAUUCAGAGUUUUCCACUCAAGCUCAGCUUAUGUCUGCAAUGGCGGAUUUUGGGCUCACAAUUUGCAGCUUUGGAUGUUUGAUCUCAGCAUUCAGAAUAAAGGUUUUACCUUUCUAGGGUUUCCAAUUUUUUCUCCGAAUCUUUUCCUUCCUUCCGAGCUUCAUUUCAUUAGAAACUCCUCACCUCUUUGUUUUCACCAUUUUUCUCAAAAAGAUCAUUUUUUUUCCUGGGUUUCUAAGCUCCCAAAGCUCAAAUCUUCCACGGCUAGAUUUUUAGGGUUUUAGGGAGUUUUAGUUCUCAACCUUUUGGAGUGAUUUUUUUUUUUUUAAUUUUCUGAGAAUUUUAAUUUUUGUAACAAACAAUUAUGGAAGAGAAAGAGAGCUCAGCUUCUGGGGUUGCAGCAGUGACUGUGACGAGCAGCGAGGACGUCCCAGAGAGCUACAGGGUCGCCCCAAGGAGCGAAAACUCGGCCCAAUUCGGCGGGCCCACAAUGGCCGCCGCUCCGGCCCAAACGACGGCCUCACCGUCACCGGUCACAGCCGCAGCGGCGCCACCUGGCACGGAGUUUAAGAAGAAGAGAGGCCGUCCUCGGAAAUACGGCCCUGACGGCACUGUCGCUUUAGCAUUGUCCCCAAUGCCGAUUUCCUCGUCUAUUCCCCUCACCGGCGAGUUCUCUUCUUGGAAACGCGGUCGUGGUCGCCCCCUUGACUCCGUCAAAAAGUCCCACAAGUACGAGGUUUUCGAGACCCCAGGCCAGGGAAUUGCAUACUCCGUCGGUGCAAAUUUCACACCUCAUGUGCUUACUGUUAAUGCUGGUGAGGAUGUUACGAUGAAGGUUAUGUCCUUCUCUCAACAAGGAGCUCGGGCCAUUUGCAUACUAUCUGCAAAUGGAACCAUUUCAAAUGUUACCCUUCGUCAGCCUAGUUCUUCUGGGGGUACUUUAACAUACGAGGAUCGUUUCGAGAUACUUUCCCUAUCUGGAUCAUAUAUGCCUACUGAGAAUGCGGGAACAAAGAGCAGAUCAGGCGGCAUGAGCGUUUCUUUGGCAGGUCCAGAUGGUAGAGUUGUGGGAGGAGGACUUGCUGGUCUCUUGGUUGCUGCUGGCCCUGUUCAGGUCGUGGUGGGCAGUUUUCUUCCUGGUCACCAGCAAGAACAGAAGCCCAAGAAGCAGAGGAUUGAGCCUAUAUCAGCUAUGUCACCUCCCAUCAUCAGCUCAGUCUCUGGUGAAGAAACGAGGAUGUUAUAUGGUGGAGUGAAGCCCAUUGUAACAUCUGCUGCCUUCAACGCGGACAAUAACUCGUCUUCCAUGACUCCCCCGCCGGGAUUCAGGAAUGCAGCUCCCGAGAAUAACAACAGCAAUUCAUCUCUGCUGGUAGAGGAACCGAAAAGCCUCAGCCAAUCGAAUUGCGAGGUUUCUUGCUGAUCUUAUUGGGUGCUCUCCGCAGACUCAAUGACACACUUUAGGCUCACCUCAACCAUGUCUGACCACCAAUAUUAGACUCGUUGGCAAUUGAAGGAGGACAAACAAAGAAACAAAAGCCUUAACGCCCAUGUUGGUUUUUAACACAGAAUUGUACUACUCUCUCUCUCUCUCUCUCUCUCUUGUUAGGUUAUUAGGUAGGACUCUUUGUCUCUCUAAUCAUUUAGGAUUAUUUUUCUGGCUGUUGUCAUCAUGUAUUUCUAGUGUUGUUGUUGUAGUAU